GUUAACAUUUUUAUUUUAACAUUCCGAUUGCUACUUAUGUAGUACAUUUACAUAAUGCGUGUCAAAAAUAUACUAUUGGUACUCGUAGUGGAAAUUUAUAUUAUAGAAUCCGAUUCGUUGCAUGCAUUUUCAAUUCAAAAUGGUAAUGAAGAUAUAUCGAAUCCUAACAAUAACCAGGAAUCGUUACAUAAGCUUACGUCAUCAGCGCCAGAAUUUGAACAUAUACACGAUCAAGAACCAACUGUAAAAAAUACAGCCGGAGGUAAAAAUGCGAAGGACCAAUAUGGUUACGCCAGUAUCCAAUACGCACCCUUAAUUCUGAAAGCCGAUGAAUAUAAAAUUAAAGAAGAAAUACAAGUGAAUCCAACGAUUCCUGGGUUUAUUCUUAGUAAUUUUGAAUUAAGCAAAAGUAACAUAGAACCAAGGCUGGAAGAUAAUAAUUCUCGCGAGGACUCACGUGGAUCAAUAAUACACGGCCAUAAUAUUCAGAUACAGGAACCACAAAGAAAUUUUCCGGAAUACAAAGAAGUGAACAAAGAGAACUCUGAUUUGACAACUAAGGAAACCGUUAAUCGGGUCAGCAUAGGUAAUCCAUUUAUGUACCAAUAUAAAACAGAAAAAAUAACAGAAGAGCCAAUCGAAGUCGAAUUAGGAAAUCAAGAAUUAUUAAAUAGCCCAGAGCAGCCUGUAAAGAAGUAUAUUAUGCUCUCUAAACAAUACAACAAUAAUGCGAAUGGUUUCGAUCGAAAUAGAGUUCUAUAUCAAAAAGAAACACCUAUGCUUCAACCACAACUGGUUCACGUAAGACCUUAUAGACUCCAUUUGAAUGUAGCGCGUGCUUUUAACAUCGUCAAUGCGCCUGUGAAAAGCAGAUAUAUAUCCAAAUUGCUACCUUCAUGCCACCAUAAUGUACAUAAAUCUGAUUCAACGCAUCUGAUAACGCCGGCUGAAAGACAAACGAAAUUAUAUCCAAUGCAGUUUAACUACAGCAGAAUUUAA